AUGACUGUGGAAAAGUUUCCAUUCGUUAAGUACCACAGAGAAGGAGGAGGUGAAGGCGGAGAAGGAGGACGCCAUGUCCAUCACCACAAAGAAGGAGGAGGUGAAGGCGGAGAAGGAGGACGCCAUGUCCAUCACUACAAGAUAGGUGGAAGUGGUGGUGGAGGUGGAUCAGGUGGUGGUGGAUCAGGUGGUGGUGGAUCUGGUGGGGGUGGAAGUGGAGGUGGAUCAGGUGGCGGCGGCGGCGGAGGCGGCGGUGGUCUUGGAGGAAAUAUUAACCUAAGUGCUGGAGGUGGAGCUGGUGGAGGAGGUAGUGGAGGAGGUGGAAUCGGAGCAAAUCUUGACCUCAGUGGAGAUGGAUUUUUAAAAGAUUUAGGCGAGAGAUUGAAAUCGAAAGGCUUCAGUCCAGAAACUAUCAAAAUACGUAACAUGAACAUUGAUCUUAGCAACCUGGAUUUGAGUGACCUCGGUCUAGGCGGUGGCAGUGGUGGUGCUGGCUUAAGCGCUGGUGGUGUUCCUGGCUUAAGCGCUAGCGGUGGUGCUGGCUUAAGCGCUGGCGGUGGUGCUGGUGGAGGCGCUGGCGGUAGUGCUGGCGGUGGUGCUGGCGGUGGUGCUGGCGGUGGUGCUGGCGGCGGUGCUGGCGGCGGUGGGGGUUCUGGAGGUGCCACUGGCCCUGAUCUUGCCGGUGCCGGCACACCUGUACACAAAACCGAUGGAAGGGACAGCUUGCAACCAGGAAUGUGUAAGUGA